UAAACGUAGUGACUGCAUUCAUAUUCAAGACAUAGGGAGGAGGAUGCCUUACCAUUAAACCAAAAAACAAAUGAGAAGAAAAAUAUCGGCGGCAACGUUUUUGCCUUACCAACCCAGAAUCAGGGGUGUUCCCGCGACUCGGCCUAGUUAACUCGGGACGAUGACCGUUUUGUGCUGUACAGGGUAAGCAUCAAUAUUCGAAAUCCAUUUUCUCAACACCCACCCAUAAGAAUCUUUGUCCUCUUUCUACUUCAUCAUAUAUUGGGGCCCUUCCCUUUUCUUUCUUUUUAUUUUUCUCCAUUAUAGAAUAUGCUUAAAGCUAUUCAAGUUCUGGGUUGUUCGCAUAUCUGGAGACCCCAUACCAGUUCUGGGCUUUCCUUCAUUUCCGUCUCCGUCAAUCCCUUAUCCUCUUCUUUGAGAAGAUUGCCCUCCAAUUCUUCUUUCUUGACUAUGUCUUCAACGCGCUCGAGUAGCGGAUUCGGAGCGUUUCGUGCACGCGCAGCCAACUCUGAGUCAAACCCAGUUGGCGCUUCUUCUUCAUCAUCAUCUUCGGUCGCAGCUCAAUCAACUGGUGGUGCUGCUCUUAAGGUCAAUUUUUGCCAAUGGUGUGGUGGAAAAACAAAACAUGAAAUACCUGAAGGGGAGGAGAAUAUUAGAGCUAUUUGUACAGUUUGCGAGAAAAUUACAUAUCAGAACCCAAAAAUGGUUGUGGGUUGUCUCGUUGAGCACGAUAAUAAGGUCCUACUUUGCAAGAGGAACAUCCAACCGUCAUACGGCCUUUGGACACUUCCGGCAGGUUACAUGGAAAUAGGGGAAUCGGCAGCAGAAGGAGCAAUUAGGGAAACCUGGGAGGAGGCAACUGCUGAUGUGGAAAUUGUAUCACCUUUUGCUCAAUUGGACAUCCCUCGAAUAGGCCAGACUUACUUAAUCUUCUUGGCAAAGUUGAAGAAACCCCACUUUGCACCAGGUCCAGAAUCAUCAGAAGUCGAGCUUUUUGCAUUGGAUGAUAUACCUUUUAAUUCCUUGGCAUUUUCUUCAAUGUUGGUUACCUUGAAGUUGUAUGUUGAGGAUGCUAAGACUGGAAGAUUUAAGUUCCACUAUGGUACCAUUAAUAAGAGGCCUGGGACUAGUCCAUCUGAUAUUCACGCCUUUACUCUCGACGGUCAUCUGCAAUCAUAAUAAGAUGCUGCUCAUGUUCUGUUUUUUAGCCGUAGAAUGCAUUUCUUUUUCUGAGAAAGUUGGGAUCAAAGAUUCAAGAAAAUGUUGUUCCAGAAAAGAAAAAUAAAACAAGGUUCAAGAAAGUGUAUCUUCACCAAUUCUGGAAUUCCAUUCUAUGUGUUUGAAUUCUAUGGCAGCGACAUCCAUUCCGCCAUUCGAAUAUCUGAAUCAAGACAAGUUGAUCAAUUAGAAAAUGAAUGGUUUUCUUGCUUGGUUCCUAGGUUUUAUAUUGGGUGAAUUGAGAAACUGUAAGUAUGAGCAACUUAUGAGAUAAUUCAUAGAAAAAUUCAUUCAUUGUAUCUUUUAUUUGCCAAAUGAAAUAAGGUUUGUUUUCAUCA